UUGUCACUAGUUUGUAAUUUUUCGUCGACUAACUGCUUGUUGCAGUAGUGUCUUACUACUGUACUGUCUGACCUACACUAUACGUUUCUACUGUAAAUGUUAGAACGUAGUGAAAUUUUUAGGUACUCUAUAUUGUUAUUAAUAUACGAGUUUACGAUAUCGGAAGUGAUCGAACUCGUGAGGACGCGCGACCACGUUGAAGAUAUAACAGAAGGACUCUUUGUAACUCUGACUUAUGUAGCCCUGUGCUUUAAGUACGGAAAUUUCCUGGUGCGACGAGACGAGAUGUCUGCAUUGUUGAACUGUUUUCGAGGUCAGACGUGCCAGCCGAAGAACUCCGAGGAACGGACGAUUCUGAUUAAAUACGACCGCAAAGCUAGGUGGUGCGUUAGAACCUUCAUGAGCAUGUGCCAAGCUGCCUGCUUGGCCUUUGUGUUGGCUCCUAUUGUGGGACCGCAAGACACCGACAGGCCGUUGCCUUUUAAGACGUAUAUACCAUAUUCCAUAUCCGAUUGGUAUAUAUACGUGCUGACGUACUUGCAGCAUGCAGCUGCUACAUUUUACGGAAUCCUGCUUAACGUCUCCUUCGACGCCCUUGUUUAUGGCUUUACUCUUCACGCUUGCGGACAGAUCGAGUUGCUGUGCCACCGUCUGUCGGAGAUCUUCGAGGAUCAUCUCAAUGUAAAUCAGUAUCGGAUCAAAUCGAACAAGGCGGUGGUAAUCGGCGAAUGCGUGAGGCAUCAUCUGCGCGUGCACGAGCUCGUCAACAGGAUACAGUCGUUGUUCGUGUGGACUGUGACGAUCUUGUUCAUUUUCAGCAUGGUCACCCUGUGCACCAGUAUUUUCCAAAUGUCCAAGAAGAGGCUCCUCAGUGUCGGAUUCCUCUCAUUGGUCCUGUACCUCGGAUGCAUGCUGUUCCAAGUGUUCUUCUACUGCUGGUACGGAAACGAGCUGCAGCUGAAGAGCAAGAGCAUCAGCGACGCUAUUUAUUCGAGCAAUUGGACGACCGCCACGUUGCAAGAUCGUAGGAGCUUGCUAUUCGUGAUGACUAUCAGUCAGAGGGGAUUGAAGCUGUCCUAUUACGGCAUCUUCAACUUGGCUCUCGACACUUUCACCUGGGUAUUGAAGACGUCUUAUUCCGUCUUUAACGUUCUGCAACAGGCAUCGGUGACAGAGUAGAUCAGAGUGUAUCAUUAGAAGGAACAACACGUAAUACGAUACUAUGCCGCUCUUUUCACGUGCAUGUAUCCUAGGCAAAUGUAAAAAUUCUUCGAAAUAGAAUCUUUUCUAGAU